GCUCAGCCAGUGAGCCAGUUCAGCGUGCGCCAUUGUUGACAGUGUGUGUGUAGCAUGUGUGCACGUGAUUGACAUCUACCGGCGAACAUAUUUUUGGACCCGCCAGAGAUGGAGACAUCCAGUUGGAGACUGGCGCUGGUGCUGGUGUCCGUGUUAUGGCUGACGCAGGCUUGUCCCAACCACUGCUCCUGCCGCUACGAGCAAGGGCUCUACGUGGCCAACUGCUCUACCUUGCCUCCAACUGGUGGCAAGAUAGAGUCACUCACCCUUCUCCCGUCACGCAGCCCUCUAGAACUGAUGGAUGGCCAGUUCAACAUGGCGCGACACCUCAAAUAUCUCAACAUGAGAAACUGCUCCAUCUACUACAUUCACAAAAAGACCUUCUACGGAGCAAAGAGUGUGAUUGAAGUAGACCUAUCCUACAACCAGAUUGAAGAGUUAGAGCCCACAGUGUUCCAACAUCUCAGCAGCCUUACUACUCUCAUCCUGAGAGGAAAUCCGAUCCAGUUUUUGCCUGAAGUGCCCUUUUUGAUCUCCAAUUCUCUUCAACAUUUGGACAUAGGCGAUUGUAAACUAGAGCACAUACCAAGAGUAGCGUUCUACGGGCUGAAGAGACUAAAAUACCUAUCUUUGGAUAAGAAUUUGCUGAAGUCUAUUAAGUACAAUUCUCUUCCAAAGGGUCUUAAGUAUAUUGACAUUUCCAACAAUCUCAUAGUGAAUUUUCCCACAGAAGUUAUAUCGUCUUUGACCAAUCUGAGAAGACUGGGACUAGGAGGAAAUCCAAUCAAUUGUUCUUGUUCUUUACUGAAUUUGCAAGACUGGCUCUCUGGGCGAGGGGUGAUAUUUGAGGAUGAUGUGAUCUGUUCGUUACCUUCGCAAUACAAAGGGGUGAGUUGGAGCAAGGUGGAUGAGAAUUCUUUGUGCCUAGCUGAAGCGAGGAAGGAAGAGAUGGACCAUUAUAUUUAUAGCCCUUUGUUCAAAAAUAGAUUGUUGAGAGAAAACUAUUAUGAAAAUGAGAAUGGGUACCAAGGAGAACCCAUACAAUCUGACCAACCUCAGCCUAACUCAAACUCAGAUGCUGAAGUUUUGUUUCAGAACGAUGAUACAUUAGCAAUGGGUGAAAUGAUGAGGGACGAAGACGGAACAUCAAGCAUUACCGAUAAGAAGGAGAACCAAGAAGAAACCAAAGUGGAUGAUGUUAAACUAGACGAUGCAGACAGCAAAAUUGAAGCUGCAGAACCAGCAAGUUACAUUGAAAAUCAAGAAUCAACAGAUGAAGGUAGUAAAACUGAGGAUGACAAAGUUGUAUCUGAGUCUCAAAGUGAAAAUGUUCCUAACAAAGAUGAAAAGGAAAGUGGUUCAUCUCCAGAAACUGAAACUGAUCUAGUUGCAGAAGAAACAGUUAAUAUGAAUUAUAGUAAACCAGUUGAGUUCAAAACACUGAGCGAAGAUGAAAACAAAGAAUCAGACGACUUGAAAAAUGAAGGACUGAUUCAUGCAGAAAUCAAUUCUUUGCAGGAGACAAAUUACACAGAAGAAGAAUCAACUGUUUUGCCAUACUUAGAAGAUACAACGGAAGAUGAAGUACCGUCCACAGAAGAAACACCGGGCCUUAGUAAUACAGAGAUAGAAGAUAAUGAAGAAGGGUCACUAAAUGUUACCAGUACAACAGAAACAAACAAUAGCACUAAUGUAGAAGAUCCUGCAAUCCCAGACGAUGACGUUGAAGACACCAUCCCUCCUCCAACAACAAUUCCUGAUUUAUAUAGUGGAAAUGAUGAAACCAAAAGAAAUUCAAGUGUAGUUGUAACUCCAGUGAUUGAACCUGAAGAACCAACAACCACUAGUUCAGAUACAAAAGAGAUCUCAGCAAUAACUGCAUACGAGAAUGGAAAUAUUAAACAAGUAGCUGGAGCAGAAGUUGUAAUGUUCUGUGUUGGUGUUCUAAUAGUUUGUUUGAUCCUGUACUCUGUAUACAGGUGCAGAAACUCAAAGAAAAGAAGAACAACGAGAAUUGUAAAAGACAAACCGUCAAACCGCGACACUGAAAUGCAAGACAUGGCAUCACUGUUGCCGAAACCACUGGAAGACGAAAAGAAAAACAAUUCCAAAUACCCUGACAAAGCACCGUCCAGUGAAACAGAGAAGCUCAUUUCAAAUGAAAAUGAGAAAGAACUACCAACCAUUAUUCCGAUUUCCGAAACCAAAGGCAAAAAGGAAGACAAAAACUCAAUAAAUAACAACACAGCUGACACAAGCGCUAGUCCGACAAGUAAAACUCCUUUGAUCCAACAGGGAAAACCUAUUACGAUCAACCCAGCGGCUCCUAUCCAGAGGACCAAGGCCAAAGUUGGGAUACUUCCUGACUCCAUACCACGGACUCCCAUAUUCCUACAAAAGACCUACAACGGCACAAAGAAUGUUUAGGCGAAUGUGAUAACUGAAAAUAUUCCUUCAGUGUUUAUAUGUAAUAUUUAUAUAUAAAUGUAAUUAUGGACGUUAGGACAACACUUUCUAGCAGCUAAGCUAGUCAAGUAGAGCUAAGAAUUGUUAUUGACAGACCUUAAUGAAAAUGUUGGUUUGUUACCCGACACCAACACCAACUGAGCGGAUUAUUUCCUGCUCUUGACUGAUUUAUUUUGUUAAUUAAAUUAACCUUUGUAAAUAGUUCAUAGAUGUAAAUAUUUAUAUGUUAAGCUGUAUCUGAGGUUGUUAUGAAGAUUUAAUAGUUUUAUUACAUUGUUGAAAACUGCUUAGAAAGCUAUACAUCUUUCUUUUAGUUUUUGUUCUGCUAUUUUCACAAGACAAAUUUACUGUAGGCUUCUAUGUUAUUUGUUCAAUUUUAGUUUCAAAUCUACAAAAGUGAGUUAUUUUCUGGUAGAUUUAUAUUUAUAGUCAUAAUUGUUAUAUUUAUCAACAUCACACAAAUUUUUGAGUCGUAAUGAGGAAUCCAAGAUUUCUUUGUGGAGUGCAAAUUACUUUACCAGCUUAUUAAAUGUUAUUUUUUGUUAGUAGUUAUUAAUGUGGUGUUUAUAAAAUAUAUGAAACGUGAUGAUACUAAGUUGUACUUUACAUUUUUCAUGAAGCGCUUGACCAAAUAUAUAUCCAGAUUGUUAUGGAACUAUUAAGCUAUAACUGUUACUAUUAUAACCAACGUCAAAAAAUUUGAAAUAUUUUUCACAUUAAGUAAGUUAUAGUUAAUACUGAACUAAAACACAAUGUUUUAAGUUAUAACAAUUUUAAAUGCUUCAGCAAAAUUUUACCUGUUCUGUUUAUGAUGAAUGACAUUUUUAUAAACAAAA